CACUUCAAGCCAACCCUCUACCUCUCCUCUCAUUCUGUCAGCGUUCCUUUUGGCCACUAAGAAAAAAUGGCUGAAGCGAUCCUAUUUGGUCUUGCACAGAAAAUGAUAGAAAAUUUGGGCUCUCAGACUUUCCAAGAGAUUGGAUCACUGUGGGGUGUCAAAGGUGAGCUUGAAAAAAUCAAGAACACUGUGUGCACAAUUCAAGCUGUACUUCAGGAUGCAGCGGAGAAACAGAGUCAUGAUCAUCAAGUCAAGGACUGGCUCCAAAAGCUCAACGAUGCAGUUUAUGAUGCAGAUGACUUGUUGAGUGAAUUUUCCACUGAAGCUAUGCGGCGAAGAGCAGUGAGUGGGAAUAAAGUCACAAAAGAGGUACGCACUUUCUUUUCAAGUUCAAACCAACUAGCUUUUCGUGGUAAGAUGAGUAGUAAAAUAAAGGCAAUGAGGCAAAAACUAAAUGCGAUAGCAGAAGAUAGGAAAAACUUUCGCUUGGAAGAAUACCAUGUAGAGACAAAUGAUGUGAGAAGGAAGAGGGAACCAACUCACUCAUUUGUACGUGAAGAAAAAGUUAUUGGGAGGGAAGAUGAUAGAAAGGCUAUCAUAGACCUAUUAUUGGACUCUAAUGUAGAGGAGAAUGUUUCGGUCAUUCCCAUUGUGGGGAUAGGGGGACUAGGGAAGACUACACUUGCUCAAUAUGUGUACAAUGAUGAGAAACUCAAAAAUUGUUUUGAGUUAAAAAUGUGGGUAUGUAUUUCCGAUGUCUUCGAGUUAAAAAUAAUUAUUGAAAAGAUAAUAGCAUCUGCUACAGGUUAUGCACUUGGAAAUUUGGAAAUAGAUCAAUUGCAAAGGCAACUUCGUGAAAAAAUUGAUCGAAAAAAAUACUUACUAGUAUUGGAUGAUGUAUGGAAUGAAGACCGUGAAAAAUGGUUAAACUUGAGGGAUAUUUUAAUGGGUGGUUCAAAAGGAAGUAAGAUUAUAAUUACUACUCGUAGUAGAUUGGUUGCAAAGAUUACACACACAGUUUCACCAUAUAUUCUCAAAGGUCUCUCUGAAGAACGAUCCUGGAUUUUAUUUGAGCAAGUGGCAUUUAGUAAAGGGCAAGUCACCAAUAAUCCUACAUUAGUUACAAUUGGAAGGGAGAUUGUAAAAAUAUGUCAAGGGGUACCCCUUGCCAUCAUGUCCAUAGGACAUGUGUUAUAUUGUAAGGAAACAGAAUCUGAAUGGUUACUCAUGAAGAAUAAUCUACUAACAAAUGUAAUUAAAAGAAAUGAGAUUUUCCCAAUUUUAAAGUUGAGUUAUGAUAAUCUCCCAUCACAUUUAAAGAGUUGUUUUGCUUUUUGCUCUUUGUUUCCCAAAGAUUAUGAAAUGGAUAAGGACACCAUGAUACAACUAUGGAUAGCACAGGGGUUUAUCCAAUCAUCAAACAAAAACCAACAAUUAGAGGAUACUAGUCACGGACCCGCGCGUUGCACGUGGUUAUUUUUUUAA